AUGGAGAAAUUCCUCACUGGGACCCAGCGUUGUAACAAAGUGUUGUUUAUGAGUUCAGAAGAAAAUAAAGACUUCCCUGCUGUGGGAUUGAAAACCAAAGAAGGCAGAGAUCAACUAUACUGGAAAACAAUUAAAGCUUUUCAGUAUGUUCAUGAACAUUAUUUAGAAGAUGCUGAUUGGUUUUUGAAAGCAGAUGAUGACACAUAUGUCAUACUAGACAAUUUGAGGUGGCUUCUUUCAAAAUAUGACCCUGAAGAACCCAUUUACUUUGGGAGAAGAUUUAAGCCUUAUGUAAAGCAGGGCUACAUGAGCGGAGGAGCAGGAUAUGUACUAAGCAAAGAAGCCUUGAAAAGAUUUGUUGAUGCAUUUAAAACAGACAAGUGUACACAUAGUUCCUCCAUUGAAGACUUAGCACUGGGGAGAUGCAUGGAAAUUAUGAAUGUAGAAGCAGGAGAUUCCAGAGAUACCAUUGGAAAAGAAACUUUUCAUCCCUUUGUGCCAGAACACCAUUUAAUUAAAGGUUAUCUACCUAGAACAUUUUGGUACUGGAAUUACAACUAUUAUCCUCCUGUAGAGGGUCCUGGUUGCUGUUCUGAUCUUGCAGUUUCUUUUCACUAUGUUGAUUCUACAACUAUGUAUGAGUUAGAAUACCUCGUUUAUCAUCUACGUCCAUAUGGUUAUUUAUACAGAUAUCAACCUACCUUACCUGAACAUAUACUAAAGGAAAUUAGUCAAGCAAACAAAAAUGAAGAUACAAAAGUGAAGUUAGGAAAUCCUUGAAAGAAAAUCAUGAAUGAACAAAGGUAAAAUGUCUAGCAUUGCACUGAAAAAGGACUUCUGCAUUUCUGACAUAGA